AUGGAUGAGAUAUGGAAGCUACCAAAGAAGGAAGAUUCAACGUCUUCUUCCAAGUCUCUAUUUGCAAGGAGUUCUUCAAUAAAAAGCUCUUCUUCUAAAUCUGCUUUCUCCCGGAGUUAUUCAACGAGGAGCUCUUCUUCAAAGUCGCCUCUCCUGAGGAGCUUUUCCCAGAAAGCAUCCUCUCCCAAGUGCCCUCUUGAGAAGAGCUCUUCUUCCAUCAGCAGAAAGUGUAGUAGCCUGGCAAAGGAGCAGAAGGCCAGGUUUUACAUCAUGAGGCGCUGCGUCGCCAUGCUCGUCUGUUGGCACAAGCAUGGUGAUUCUUGA